AUGGCUGACUUCUCGUCUAGCAACGGCGUCCCGCCGGGGUUCCGAUUCCACCCGACCGACGAGGAGCUGCUGCUCUACUACCUCAAGAAGAAGAUCGGCUUCGAGAAGUUCGACCUCGAGGUCAUCAGGGAGGUGGACCUCAACAAGAUCGAGCCAUGGGACCUCCAAGAGAGAUGCCGCAUCGGCUCUGCGCCGCAGAACGAGUGGUACUUCUUCAGUCAUAAGGACCGCAAGUACCCGACGGGGUCGCGCACGAACCGCGCGACGACGGCCGGGUUCUGGAAGGCGACGGGGAGGGACAAGUGCAUCCGCACCAGCUACCGCAAGAUCGGGAUGCGCAAGACGCUCGUCUUCUACCGCGGCCGCGCCCCGCACGGCCAGAAGUCCGACUGGAUCAUGCACGAGUACCGCCUCGAGGAAAUCGACGAAGCCCAGGGCGGCACCAGUGAGGAUGGAUGGGUGGUGUGCCGCGUGUUUAAGAAGAAGUGCUUCUUCAAGAUCGCCGGAGGAGGAGGCGGCGAGGGUAGCUCCAGCCAGAGCGCGGAGGCCGGCGGCGGCGGCCACAUGACCGUGUCCUCGCCGAUGGGCGGCCACGACCACGCUAGCAUGUCGUCCCACUACAUGCACGGGAUGCACCCGCAGUACCACCACCAGCAGCACGCCUCCUCCUUCUACUACUCCCAGAUGCAGCCACCGGAGACGGCCUACUCGCACCACGUGCAGGUCCAGGACCUACUCACCAACCAUCGCCCGGCCACAGACGCUUCCGGAGGCGCUGGGUACGACUUCUCCGGCCUGCCGGUCGAGCACCAUGGCCUGGAAGUAGGCAGCAGCGACGGCGUCGCGGCCGAUGGGCUGGCCGAGGGACGGGAUCAGACGAACGGUACUGCUUCUGAUCAGCAGUGGCAGGCAAUCGACGGGUUCGGCAACGGCGGGAGCGCCGCCACGGUGCAGCAAAUGAGCGCCAUGAACCCCGGCCAACGAGGCGGGGAGAUGGAUUUAUGGGGUUAUGGGAGGUAA